GCAGAACGUCAAGUGUUGAGCUUAACCCGACGUCACUGGCAGAGAGUAGUGAGCUUGGACAGAAGCAUACGGCCGACAUCUUUCUUUAUUCUGUGUGGAAAUAGUAACAUAGUUACGCCAUUAAAUGCGUUUAUGGAAACAUUUUUAGCGAGAAAUGUGCAUUUUACUUUCAUAAUGUUCGCUCGGUGAAUGUGAAGGAUGUUUGGUUUGAUAGUUAUGACGAAGAGGGAACGCUCCGUUCACUUGCAUGGACAGAGUCUCUGGUUGCUAAGCAACCUCAACGUCUUGGCGGACUAUAUAUCUGCUGAUCAACACUACAAAUGCUGGAAACACACCAGACACACCAUGUGAAUUUAUUUAACCCGAUUAUUGUUAUUUAUAUCCGAGAUUAUUUAAUCUAACCCGAUCUAAACUCUAUCACCCAAACACGGCGGCGUUUGGGUUUCCUACCUCGGACUCCAGCGUACCUUUGCGUCAUUUUGAGACGAAGCAAGAGAAGACCUUCAAAGACCAAGCAGACUAAUUAGAGUCAAUCAAACGUGCUGUGUCCAGAUAUGAAAAACAAGCUUGCUCCUUCAAGGAUUUUACCACUGCUAAAGAUCACGGGACAGAAGCAAGUUAUCGCAUUGCGCAUUGCAUUGCAAAGCAUGGGAAGCCGUUUACAGAUGGCGAAUGUAUUAAGGAGGUUAACAACGGAGCACUCUGAGGCAUGUUUGCAACUCAAAGUAGGCCUAACUAACUACAAGCCACAGAUCACAGAGCUCAGUCAAGCAAAGCAGGGCCAGGGAUCACACUGACUGUUUGGUAGGCAUCUGAUAAUUUGAUGUUGCUUCAAGUUACACUAGUUUUAGUUCAAAUGUGUAGCUGUUUUUCAGUCUUUGAAAUGUUGAUGUGGCUAUUUUGUUAAGAAUACAGAUACUGUUAUUGUUGAGAAUCAAAUUCCAGGUAUAUUGGGAAGAAAAAUGUAUUUUGUGUCAUUUAUCUUUGCGUUAUUGUUGAUAAAAGCCAGGGAUCACACUGUCUGGUAGGCAUCUGAUAAUUUGAUGAAAUAUUGAUGUGGCUAUUUUGUUAAGAAUACAGAUACUGUUAUUGUUGAGAAUAAAAUUCCAGGUAUAUUGGAAAAAAAAAAAAAAAUUGUGACAUAAUUUAACUUUGCGUUAUUGUUGAUAAUGGCACACUAGAUGAGAAGAAAAUUUCAAACUGGCACUCCAUGUCACAAAGGUUGCCGACCCCUGGUCUAGACGAUGCUAGGUUCAAGAAUUUUUUUCGCUUGGACAAGAGCCAAUUUGAGGAUCUCCUAAGGAGGAUUGGACCAGAGAUCUCAAAAAAGCACCCACAUCUCAGGGAGACCAUCAGCCCAGACGAGCGGCUUUGCAUUUGUUUGAGGUGGGUAACGAGAGAGAGAGAGAGAGAGAGACUUAACCUAGCUAAUUCCUGUGCAUUUACAUUUUCUUGGAAAUGUUUAUCAAUGUACACUGUCCCUUUUCAAAUAAACACAUAAAUAAAUAAGAUAUAGUGACACCAGGAGAGGGUACAGUAGGUGUGUCUGUGUGUUAGAGAGAGAGACACCAGGGGCCCGUUUCACAAAGCAGGUUUAGUGAAAACUCUGAGUUAGUUACCCUGGCAACAUACUCCGUGAACCUAACCUGCUCGCUGGCAGGUUUUCUUCAACUAACCCCGAGUUUCUCCUGCUCUUAAGUUGAAGCCUGCAGACUGAAGGCAGUGGCAGACAUGGCGUGUCCUUUUAUUGAAGAGCCAGUUGAUGUCGAGGCGCAGAUACUCCGCAGAAAUCUCCACCGGGAAAGGAUUAUUAGACCCCGAUUGGAUGUUUUAUCAUUCCCCGAUGAGUAUCUGUUUGAGCGUUUCCGUUUCUCUGCAUCAUCUAUAAUUUAUAUAAACGAUAUUCUCAGCCCUCACAUCGCUCACAUGACGCAUCGUGGACAUGCUCUCAGUUCCGAGCAAAUUCUUUGUAUUGCACUUCGUUUUUUUGCCAACGGCAGUUUUUUGUAUAACGUCGGUGAUGCAGAGCAUGUGUCCAAGGCAACUGUCUGUCGGGCUGUCCGAAAUGUGACACUUGCACUGAAACGGCUACUAUGCACGUUUGUAGUGUUCCCAAGUCACAGACCCACCAGACUUCUCAAAGAAGAGUUCCACAGAAUUGCAGGGUUUCCAGGUGUGAUUGGCUGCAUAGAUGGCACUCACAUUCCUAUCAUCGCUCCUUCAAUAAAUGAAGGAGAUUAUGUGAAUAGGAAAUCUGUCCACAGCAUUAAUGUGCAGGUAGGCCUAAAUAGUAGCCUUUAACAUUCCAAAUUAAAUAUACUACACCAUACAGCUAAUUACUGUUCUCCACUAUCAUGUUCUUCAAGGAAAGAGGGGUCGAAUCCAAAGGAAUAGCUUUAAAGAUACUUUAUUUGUAUAAAGUAUUUUCGGUAUGGUAAACUGAUGCUCUGAAGAUAAGAGAGAUUGAAGAUGUGCCUUAGCACGUGCGAGAGUGUUCUCCUAGCUGGUCUAAGACUUUAGCCCACGAAUGUCCUAGCGCUGCCUGGAGAGUUCUACCUGUCUCCAAGAUGUGGAGGCUUUCUUAUGGACUCGGAGGACCGGAAGACUUGGAGAAAACCGGUGGGACGUAAUCCUCGGUUUUCCUCGCUUGGUCUGUGGUGCUGCCCUCUGUGGAUAAAGUAUCUAUUGCAGCCUUCAGUAAGGCUCCCCUUGUGGCUAUGUAUGGUAUUUACGGCUAAUAUGUUUGGUCUUCAUUGAGUCUAUGUGUGGGUAGCUUAGAUUCUUAAAAUACGUAACACCACUGUGAAGAUCAUGUGAUGGAGCCCACAUGAUUAACAAUGUGGAAGCGAAGUGGCCUGGGUCUGUGCAUGACUCACGAAUGUUUCGUGAGUCGACACUGAGUGCCAGAUUUGCCCGUGGUGAGUUUAUAUAUAUAAUUUAUAUACAGUAUAUAGUUAUAUCCUAUGAUCAAAUAUUUUGUUUCCUCCUAUUGCAACUGAAACAAUAAACUGUAUCUUGUAUUAUCAUAGGAGAGUUCGAUGGUUACCUACUCGGAGACAGAGGGUACCCCUGCCAGCGCUAUCUGCUGACCCCUUACCCUGACCCACAGCGACACUACAACUUGGCUCACUGCAGGACACGAGCCAGAGUGGAGAUGACCAUCGGGAUACUCAAGGCCCGGUUCCAGUGCCUUCGUAGGCUCAGGGUCACCCCAGAGAGAGCUUGUGACAUUAUAGUGGCAUGUGUGGUUCUCCACAACAUUGCCACUAUUAGAGGAGAACAAUGUCCUACUCUUUCCCCCUGUGAUCCAGGUAUUAAUCAUACCCCCCCUGCUGAUACACGAGAUGGAAGAGCUGUUAGAGACAUGAUAUGUGUCAAUCAUUUCUAACUGACCCAUCACCUCCCCAAUGUUCAAGAACGACAAUAUGCAUCUCAUUUUAUGAGGUCUUCUUUAUUUCCUAGAAGGACAAAUUUUGUACAGUUGUUAAUCCUUUGUUGUUGAAACAAUUAAAAAACAUCCACCUGUGGGCACGUCACCCACCUUUAACUGAUGGUCCAGCAGUUGUAUUUCCUUUUCUGUUUUGGUGAUCUGCAGCCUUAUGUGCUCCAUUUCUAGGUGUGAUUUGUUUAUUUGAGAUUCUAAAUAUACCUUGUAAAGUUGUUUCACGGGGAGCUAUAGGAACAUAAAUGACAUUGAAUUUCAGUGCCAUGUCUAUUUAGUGUCAUUGUAAGUUGUGGGUCAAUGCUGAACAACAUCUUACUGAGGUAAGCUGUGCUGUGGAGGUUGAUGGACCUUCUUCCUCAUUGUAAUUUCCAGCAUGGCUCUGUUAGAGAGAAAGAAGUUGCAAGUUGUAUUGUGGAACAACACUAUUAACUGAAGCCAAAGUUAUUUAAAAAAAAAAAAAAGGUGUAUACUUCAGCUGGCCUCUGCAUCUUCCCUCUCUGUGGCAGCUGAUAAGGUGUCUUCAUCAUCCUCCUGUAAUGAAACAGAAUGUGUGCGUUAUAUUCUACCAAUUAUGAAAAAUCUGUGGAAUAUUAAGAGUACUUACAACAGUAUGGAGGUCUGUUAUGGCAGAAGGCUCAACGAGACAGAUUACACCAUCAGUAACUGAUAGAAGAUGAAGAUUAGACAGUUGAUGAUUACCCAGAAAAGUGCCCCACCUAAUUUAAACAAAAUUUUUCAAACUGAGUCACCUUAAAAUAGAUUGAUAUCUGAAAGCAAAAGCAGCCAAUUGCAAAGAACUGUAGCCUACUGCUACAAGAAAAAUCAGUGUGCCAACUAAGUUGUGUCUAAGAUGAAUGGGUGGCCAUUACUGAGCGAACACUAGAAAAAGGAUUAACGUACAUGCCAUUCAUUUGAAUAACUUACCUCUUAUGUAGGCCCCUGUGACCUGGGGCGUGGGUGGGUCCGAUGAACUCCCCCCAGAGAUGCCCUCAGCAAUGGGUCGUCCACUGUUCUGACUGAGGGCCAUCUUUUCAGCCUCUGUGAGAGGUGGUGGUGGUGGACCGCCACCUGUUUGGCGGGCCUCAGCCUUUUUUCUGUUGGCUAUAAUGGAGGUCAAAUUUAAAUACAUACAGAAAACACAACUUUGGAGACUUGUAUGUAUAAAAGGCAUUUAGGUGUUGCUUUCAUAGAGACAAUAUUAAAUACUGGCAGUGUUGGGAUUUCUCUUUUUUUUGCAGAUUUCCCUAAUUACUUAAAUAUAUCCAUCACAUGUUGAAUGUAGCCACUAAAUGCUGUUUAAUGAGGGCAGGCUAAACAACAUCACAAUUGCUUGUACUUUAUUAUACCUUACCUGUUUGAACUACAUUUUUAUAUUUCAUCUUUAGCUGCUGCCAAGUCCGUUUGGUGCCUGUUGGGUUGCACCUGUGCUCACAGACACACAUAUGGAAUAUAAUUGUUGAAUAAGUGGAACAUUCAAGACAAAACAUUUCUUUUUUUUCUCAAAUUAAUACUCACGCAUUGACUCGGUCAGCAAUUUUCUGCCACGCAAGAUCCCGCGCUUUUGCUGCUGCCACAGUAUUGCUUCUUUUUAAAAAUAUAUGCUCACUUUCUGCAUACGCAGUCAUUAAUAUUUCCAACUCCACUGGGGAGAAGUAGGAGGAUCGAGGCUGUUUACCACUUGUUGCCAUGGUGAAUCAUGUUAUCUGUGUUCCAUUGAUGAAGGCUUUUUAUAUCCUCAUGCACGAGCUUCACUCAGGCCGUUUCUCAAUUCGUAGCACGCGUACUACGGACUCGAUGACUUGCUAGCACGUACUUGGCAAGUCUGUACUUCAAGCACAUACUUGCGAGCACGCGAGUACGUACCUGCAAUUGGAACAGCAGCGGACUCGAUGACGUCACCACCUCUGCUCGUCCGUUAACUGUGCUACGGCCUCAUUUAGGCAUAUACUACUGAACAAUAUAAACAAAUGAUAUAAAACAAAAUCCCAGCCUCUUUCAUUUUCAAAUAGUAUGUAAAUAUUCUGAAUGAAUAACAAUUGAAAAGAUAUGAGUGUCCUGUAAUGUGUAUAAGCUAUACACACACACACGACCUUACAUAUAUAUAUUUAUAUAUUAUUAUUAUUAUAUUAGGCCUAUAUAUUAUAUAAAUAUAUAUAUAAGUUAAGAGUAACUUAAGCUACAGUUGUAACUUGUGUGCGUCUUCUCCAUAUUGUCCGCCCUCGUACUGCUGCGAGUGCGAAAUGCAUCCUGGGAUUUAUAGCGGGAGCAAGCACACACGAGCCACCUCCGAUGCAUGCUCGGUGAAACGGCGAUAUCGAGCACGCAUCCAGAACACUUCCGGGUUUUACGACAGUACUCGCUUGAUGUGUGCUUCGAAUUGGAACAGUGCUCGGGCAACGACUGAUGACGUUUCACGAGUCCACGAGCACACGAGCACGCACAAGUACGCGAAUUGAGAAACGGCUCCAGGGUUACCUUGACUCUGAGUUGAUUGAACUAAGUGUUAUCACCUGUUCUGAAACCGAAAACUUAGAGUUUGACAGCUCAGAGUUGCUCAACCUAGAGUUAAGGUUUUAACUCAGAGUUUGUUGAACCUGCUUUGUGAAACGGGCCCCAGGUUAAGGAGGGGGUAAAGUACAUCAUUGGCUCUGAGUGAGUGUGUUUUGUAACACAUUUUAACAACAAUCUUUUUUGUGUGUGUAUUUUUUCCUAGGUAUUUGGCAACAGGGAACUCUUACCGGUCCAUUGCUUUCCACUUUAGGGUAGGAAUAAGCACUGUGGCUGGAAUAGUCAGGAGUGUGUGCGAGGCCAUUUGGGACUGCCUGUCUGGGGAGUUCCUGGCCUUACCUACAGAGGCUGAGUGGAGGAAGAUUGCAGAGGAUUUUGCAAGAAUGUGGGCAUUUCCCAAUUGCGUAGGGGCAAUGGAUGGGAAGCAUGUUGUCAUUGAGGCACCUCCAUUAAGCGGCUCCCUUUAUUUUAAUUACAAGAAGUCAUUCUCCAUUGUACUGUUGGCGGUAGUCGAUGCCCACUAUCGUUUUAGGGUGGUCGACAUUGGAGCCUAUGGCAAAAAUAGUGAUGGAGGAACAUUAGCUGCCUCUGCCUUUGGGUCUGCCCUGCGGCAGGUGACCCUCAACCUCCCUGGGGAUGCCCCCCUACCUGGAGCAGAGAACUUGGGGCCCAUUCCUCAUGUUUUCCUGGCGGACGAGGCAUUCCCCUUGCGGAGAAAUCUCCUUCGCCCCUACCCUGGGCACACUCACGGGGAAAAGCGUGUUUUUAAUUACCGCCUCUCUCACGCCAGGAGAAUGGUGGAGUGUACCUUCGGCCCAAUGGAGGAUAUACCGGAGGGUGCUUGGUGUGUCACCACAGGUAGCAGAGUCAGUUGUCAAGGCAACGUGUAUACUACACAACUUUCUGCGAUGGGGGGGUGCUACAGAGGCACUGACUGGUCCAGCAGAACCAUCUGCUGGAAUGAGAAGUAUUGGCAGGGUUGGCAGCAACAACGCCAGCAACGAGGCCAUUACUGUGAGGACCAACUUCACAACUUAUUUUUCAUCUGAAGCUGGUCAAGUCCCCUGGCAGAACCGCCCCCUGCACAUCCCACAUGCCCUUCAGUAAACUUUUAAAAACUAAAUCAGUUGAGGUGUGGUCUUGUGAGUUGUCAUUUAAAGAACAAAUUAAGCAAUGUGUCAAGGCAAUGUCAACAAUGUGAUUAAUGACUGCAGGUAAAAUAAAUAUAAUUAUAGGUUUAUUUUCAUAAAUAAUCAUAACAAUAACAAAUACAAUAAUGAUGUAAAUAUAUACAAAUAUUUUACUCUAGUUAUAUGCUACAUAUAUUACUCUAGUUUUAUAUUACUCUAUUUUAUACUAUACAA